GGCUGUUCCCAGGCUGAGGCGGGGCGGCGGUAGCUAUGGCGGCUGUGACCGAUGUGCAGCGGCUACAGGCCCGUGUGGAGGAAUUGGAGCGCUGGGUGUACGGGUCGGGCGGGCCGCGCGGCUCUCGGAAGGUGGCUGAUGGCCUAGUCAAGGUACAGGUGGCUUUGGGGAACAUUGCCAGCAAGAGGGAGAGGGUGAAGAUUCUGUACAAAAAGAUUGAAGACCUGAUCAAAUAUCUGGAUCCUGAGUACAUUGACCGCAUCGCCAUACCUGAUGCCUCUAAGCUGCAAUUCAUAUUAGCAGAGGAGCAGUUUAUCUUAUCCCAGAUUGCACUCCUGGAGCAGGUGGAGGCUUUGGUGCCCAUGCUGGACAGCGCUCACAUCAAAGCCGUUCCUGAACAUGCUGCCCGCCUGCAGCGCUUGGCCCAGAUCCACAUCCAGCAGCAGGCUUUAUGGGGAGUGAGGGUCCCUGAUAAGGCAGGAAAGUUAGUGGGAAGCAGGGGCUUUAUCCAACUCCUUUCUCUGCCAUACGUUGGCUCCAUAGGACCAGUGUGUGGAGAUCACUGAGGAGUCCAAGGCUCUCCUGGAGGAAUACAACAAGACUACAAUGCUUCUCUCCAAGCAAUUUGUGCAGUGGGAUGAGCUACUUUGCCAGCUAGAGGCCGCCAAGCAAGUGAAGCCAGCAGAGGAGUGAUGGCUGCUUCCCAUUCCUGGGUGGGCCAGGACAGCCAGGCUCCAGGGCCCUGUGCUAAACUGCCUUUGUAACAGGGCAGAGGCAGCUCUGUAUUUAUUGGAUUCGCAGCCUACCUCUCUGCGUUCAGGUGGGGCUCUGAGGUCGGAGGUCUGGCUACUUGAGGUUUGCUUUUGCACCCCCUCCCCACGUCAGUGUCCUAUUCCAGUGACAAUAAACUAUAGAAAU